AUGUCUGAUGUGUUGGUAGCUAUAUACUUGUUACUCACAUUCCCUAACCCUGAGGAUCCUUUGAAACCUGAAAGUGAAAUUGCACUUCUGUUCAAGAAUAAACGUGAUAUCUACACAGAGAACGCCAAGAAAUGGACCGACAGACUUCCCAUUACAAGCGUCCUUCAAUAUAAGUGCGUUUGUAAGACCUGGUUCAAUAUAAUCUCAGACCCUUAUUUCGCUAAGCUGCACUUUGCAAGAGCACCCGUCAGCCUUCUUUUCAGCAACGCAGCUGAUUUAAGUAUCUUAGAUAAGAGAUUGUAUGUGCUUGAGCUUGAAGGUUGGGACACACAUGAUUCUUUUGCUCCGUUGAAACAAUUGCCAAGAGAGAUUAACCAUCUAGGUGGGGUACUGCAAUUUCAAUCUUCCUGCAAUGGCUUGUUGUGCAUCAGUGCAGUUUGUCGCAGGAAACCUGUUACGUAUGUGUGUAAUGUAAUUACAGGAGAGUACAUGGCCCUUCCACAACCCAAGAAUGAUGGAUUCAAAAGAAGAAUACUGGGGUUUUGUUUCAGCCAAACCACUAAUCGAUACAAGCUGAUUCAAGAAAUUUGUGAUAAUAGGUGGUCUUUUGCUACACAGGAGCAUCAAUCACAUCAGAUUGAGGUAUACACACUUGGUACAGAGAAAUGGAGAAAUAUUGGAGAUUUCCCAUAUUCAUUUCCUAAAUCAGAAUACCAAAGUUUUUGUGACUCUUUGAAUGGUGCUCUGCAUUGGUUGGUUCAGCCUCAUAACAAUACCACAUUCAUAUGUCAUUUUGACAUUGAGAAUGAGCAAUUUAAACCAUUUCCCGGACCCCCUGUUCAAGACCUUUCGAGGGUUAGGCAUAUGCAUUUGGGAGUGUCAGGAGGUUUCCUCUAUUUAUGUGAGAAAUUUUUGACUUCUUAUUCUGUUGAAAUUUGGGUUAUGAAGGAUUAUGGUGUCAAACAGUCUUGGACGAAAGAGUUUGUUAUCUCUAAUGCGGAAUGGACUAAUUCAAUAUGGAAUCGUGGACCUGUACAAAUUUUGAACUAUGGUCUAUACACAAAAAUGGAAGCAAUGGAAGGUGCUGAAUUAUACAUUUUGCAUAAUUCUGAGUUGUCUGCCUAUAAUGCCAAAAGACAUGAGCGGAAAAUUCAGGUUUGUGGUAUUGAUCCAUUCCACUUUGUGAUUCCUUACGUACCAAGCCUUGUUUCACUCAAGGAAGCUGUGAUUGGGGAAAGUUCACAGGUAAUUUGUACCAAAUCAGAAUUGUCUUAA